UAAUGGUACUACUAUUACUAUCAAUGACCUUCCAAGUCAAUGUGACUUUCUCGACCGAGUUUAGUUGCUUUACCAAAUUACGUUCAUCCAUUGAAUCAAUUCAGUCUUAAUCCAGUCUUCGUGUUGCUUGGUUAUUACAAUCCCCAAGACCGAGUAUCUUCAUCAUGUCUGAAAGAGUUGGAGAUAUCGCCCUGAUAGGAUUGGCUGUAAUGGGCCAAAAUCUUAUCCUUAAUAUGGCCGAUCAUGGAUUUACUGUUGUGGCUUAUAAUCGUUCGGUGGAAAAGGUACAUGCUUUUUUAGCCAACGAAGCCAAAGGCAACAGUAAUGUAGUUGGCGCCGAAUCAAUUAAAGAACUAGUAUCGAAAUUGAAAACGCCGAGGCGUGUCAUGAUGUUGGUGAAGGCAGGAAGCGCGGUCGACAGCUUCAUUGAGCAACUGCUUCCUCAUCUGGAGAAAAACGAUAUUAUCAUCGAUGGCGGCAAUUCAGAGUACGUUGAUACGCAAAGGAGAUGUAAGGAAUUGGCGAACAAAGGAAUUAUGUUCGUUGGGUCGGGCGUGUCCGGAGGCGAAGAAGGUGCAAGGUAUGGACCGUCCCUCAUGCCCGGAGGCGAUGAAGCUGCGUGGGAACAUAUUAAACCAAUUUUCCAGAGUAUUUGCGCUAAAGCCGAUGAUCAGCCCUGUUGCGAUUGGGUUGGAUCUGAUGGUGCUGGUCACUUUGUUAAAAUGGUCCACAAUGGAAUUGAGUAUGGUGAUAUGCAGUUGAUCUGCGAAAUCUACCACAUGAUGUUGGCUAUUGGAAUCGAUCAGGAGGAGAUGGCACAGACCUUUGCCGAUUGGAAUAAAGGCGAACUAGAUAGUUUCUUGAUUGAUAUCACUAAGGAUAUAUUGAAGUACAAAGAUAACGAUGGAAAGUACUUAUUGCCGAAAAUCAGAGAUGCUGCAGGUCAAAAGGGAACCGGAAAAUGGACGGCGAUUUCUGCUUUGAAUUACGGUGUUCCUGUUACGCUAAUUGGCGAGGCAGUAUUCAGCAGAUGUCUUUCUGCGCUAAAAGAAGAGCGCGUCGUUGCGAGCAAGCAGUUGCCAGGACCGAAACCGGUGUUCUCUGGUGACAAGAAGAAAUUUUUAGAAGAUUUACGACAAGCCUUGUACGCUAGCAAGAUUGUAUCGUAUGCUCAAGGUUUCAUGUUACUGCGCGAAGCUGCUGCACAGUACAACUGGAAAUUGGAUUACGGUUCAAUUGCAUUGAUGUGGAGAGGCGGUUGCAUCAUCAGAUCGGUCUUCCUCGGGCAGAUCAAAGCUGCGUUUGAUAAAGAUUCAAAUCUAAAAUCGCUUUUGUUGGCUCCCUUCUUUUUGGAUGCUAUUGGCAAGGCUCAGUCUGGUUGGCGUAACGUAAUUUGUAGCGCUGUUAAUUUAGGUGUCCCCACACCAGCUUUGAACAGCGCAUUAUCAUUUUAUGAUGGCUACCGUUGCGACAGAUUGCCUGCCAAUUUGUUGCAAGCCCAGAGGGAUUACUUCGGUGCCCACACUUACGAAAUUUUAGGCCAAGAAGGCAAAUUCGUUCACACCAAUUGGACAGGACACGGAGGAAACGUGUCUGCUACAACAUACGAUGCAUGAAAUCUACAACUGUAUAUUUAUUUAUUCCUAUUUUUCGCUAUUUAUACAAAAUAAAUGUUGAAA